UGAUAUUGAUGAUGUAAUGACAAUAAAUCCUCAGUUGUCCGAAGAACUACCUACCGCAGAUGUGAAAGAGAAUCUUCCUUUGCAAGAGAAUGUAACAGUACAGAAACAGAAGCGCAGAACAACACUUUCAAAAAUUCCUGCUCCACGAGAAGCUGGUCGUGGCCAUUCCAGGAUGUCAGUUAUCACAGAAUCUCAGUGCAGCCUCCAGGAAAAUGAGAUGGGGGUGGAUUCCUGUGCUCCUACACAAACCAGAAACAAUUCAUCACUUCCUGUUCGGAGAAGAUCUAACAUGGCAAAAGGGAUGGAGAAAACAAAAAGCAAGAGAGAAGAAAAGAGAGCUCAAAAUAAUGAAAACAAGGCAAAACGUGCACAGGAGUUUGACAGCAGCUGUCCAAACUGGGAAUUUGCACGGAUGAUCAAGGAAUUCAGAGCAACUUUAGACUGCCAGCCUCUGUCUAUAACUGACCCCAUAGAAGAACAUAGGAUUUGUGUCUGUGUAAGGAAGCGCCCUCUCAAUAAACAAGAACUGCUAAAAAAGGAAUGCGAUGUGAUUACUGUUCCCAGCAAGUGUGUCCUGCUGGUGCAUGAGCCAAAGCAGAAAGUGGACCUAACUAAAUACCUUGAAACCCAAGCAUUUAGAUUUGACUUUUCAUUUGAUGAAUCCUCUUCUAAUGAAAUGGUAUACAGGUUCACUGCUAGACCUCUUGUAGAGACCAUCUUUGAGGGUGGCAAGGCAACAUGUUUUGCAUAUGGCCAGACAGGCAGUGGCAAGACACAUACUAUGGGUGGAGACUUCUCUGGGAGAGCACAGAAUGCCUCAAAGGGCAUAUAUGCUUUUACAUCACAAGAUGUCUUCCUCCUCCUAAACCAGCCCAGGUACAGGAAUCAGGACCUGGAAGUCUAUGUGACCUUCUUUGAAAUAUACAAUGGAAAGGUAUUUGACCUCUUGAAUAAGAAGGCAAAGCUUCGAGUCCUGGAGGAUGGCAAGCAGCAGGUCCAGGUUGUUGGUCUUCAAGAGAGACAAGUUGGCUGUGCGGAGGAUGUCAUCAGAAUGAUUGAGAUGGGCAGUGCCUGCAGGACAUCUGGGCAAACUUUUGCAAAUGCUAGCUCUUCACGGUCACAUGCCUGCUUCCAAAUCAUCCUACGCCGAAGAGGGAAACUGAUUGGCAAAUUUUCCUUGGUGGAUCUGGCAGGAAAUGAGAGGGGCGCAGACACAUGUAGUGCUGAUCGGCAGACACGAAUGGAAGGCGCAGAAAUCAAUAAGAGCUUGUUGGCUUUGAAGGAAUGCAUCCGAGCUUUAGGGCAGAACAAAUCUCACACUCCUUUUCGGGAGAGCAAGCUGACCCAGGUGCUAAGAGAUUCUUUCAUAGGAACAAAUUCAAGGACCUGUAUGAUAGCAAUGAUUUCUCCAGGCAUGGGUUCGUGUGAGUACACCUUAAACACACUGAGAUACGCUGACAGAGUGAAAGAGCUCAGCCCUCAUAAUGGAAGUGGUGAAACACAGAAUCAGAUGGAGACUGAGAAUGAGGAAACGGAGACCAGUGGAGAAGGCUCGGGUCUUCAGUACAAUCUUUCCAAGGAUGAGGAGGAAGAGAUCUCUUGCCACAUGUUCAAUUUUCGUGAGGCUAUAACUCAAAUUAGUGAACGGGAGGAGAAGGUUGUAGAACAGCUCAGAGAACUGAGACAGAGAAUGAUGACUGAUCUUGACUACCUUUUGGGAAUCACGGAGCAACCAGACUAUGAUCUUGAGACCUUUGUGAGCAGAGCUAACCACUUUGUAGAGGAGAGCUCAAGAAACUUCCUUAGUGUCAGAGAAACGCUGGAUGCCUUGGGGGCUGCCAUGCAACUGGAAGAGCAGGCCAGCAAACAGAUGAGCCGGCAGAGGCCUUAG